AUGAGUGACAGGUGACACGACCAAUGACCGGUAACUAAAAAAAUGAAAGUAACCAAAAGAAGCAAAGACAGCCUGAAACACACAACACAGCACAGACACGGGUCAGUCUCCUCAGGUAAAGCGAAUAACACUCCAGGUAUAAAAGACAAGGGAGGUAAACGGUGAGAGCUACAAGAAACAUUCAGAGAUGGGCAAUAAACAGUCAGCUGUAAAAUAUCCAGGCUACACAUUAGUGAGUGAAGAUGAGCAGAAGAUUCUGGUGAAAAAUGGAGGCGGUGAUCUUUUUGUCAUUAAAAAGUUAAACCUUGGACAGGAAAAUAAUUUAAACCACCUCCUACAACUCAGUCAUCCACACAUCAUCCAUCACAAGGAAGUCAUCACAGGUCCUGACUGCUUGUGUCUUGUAUUGGAGCACUGUGAGGGUGGAGAUCUUGCUCAGAAAAUCAAACACAAAAUACAGACAGCAGAUACAUUUUCUGAGAAUGAGAUUAUGGACUGGACUGUGAUGAUUUGCAUGGCAUUAAAGUACCUACAUGAUUCAAAUAUCUUCCAUAACAACCUGCAGACAAAGAGCCUAUUUUUCACUGCAUGUGGUAUCAUUCGUCUUGGAGAGUUUGGAGAGAUUAAUGAACGGUCCACUGAUGCACACACAGCAGAAACUGAAGCUCUUGCAUACGUUGCACCUGAGAUUUUGAAUGGCGAACCUAAUGAUGAGAAGACUGAAAUGUGGCAGUUGGGAUGUGUCGUCUAUGAGCUGUGCAAGCUGAAGUGUGCUUUUAUGGCAAGAAACGCAGUUGAGAUUGUUGGGAGAAUACUCGCCUGCUCCUAUGAAGCUCUUCCCAACACCUUUUCUGAGGACCUACGUCAGCUGGUGAAAGACACACUUCAGAAGGAUCCAGGGAAUCGUCCAUCUGUCAGUCAGAUCCUGACCAGGCCUUUUAUCAUUAAACACCUUCAUAAAAUGAGCGUACAAACUAUUGAUGAGCUUUAUAAGACUUUAGAUGUACUGAGAAACCUGGCAGAAGGACUGGAGACUGUCCACUUCAACACAACCGUCAGCAGUCUCACAGGAGGUGUAGUAGGUUUGGCUGGAGGAAUCACAUCUUUGGUGGGACUCAUUCUGGCUCCGUUUACUCUCGGAGCCUCUCUGAUAGUAACAGGUGUGGGAAUCGGUACGGCAGUAGCUGGUGGGAUAACAGCUGGCGCCAGCAACAUAACAAACAUGGUUAACCAGCAAACCAACCGACAAAAGAUUAAAAUGAUCAUAACAGAGUUCCAGGAAAAAAUUACCUCCAUCAUAUGCUGCAUCCAAAACAUCUCAACAGCAGUGGAAACUCUAGAAAAUGAGUUUUCAACAAGCAAUGGGUCACUUUCCAAUACACAAUCUGGGGUGAGUGUUGGAGCUCGACUUGGACGAGGGCUGGGAGGAAUCCCGGAGCUUCUUCGUUUAACUCGGUUCGUAAACAUAGGGAAAAUCGCAGCUCAGGCUGCAAGAACAGUUCGUGUGGCUGAGACGGUUACAGGGGUUUUAUCCGCAUUUUUCAUAGCUGUUGACGUCUUCUUCGUGUUUCUCGACUCCAGAGAAAUCCACAACAUGCGCAGAGAUUACGCUUUAAAAUCUAGUCGACAAGAAUCCACCAGCAACCAAGCCACAGGUUUGAAUGACCGGACAUCAAAUAACAGAGACACAACAAAUCUGCUUUCUUCAAACAAUCAGCAGGAAGAAGAGCUGAAGUCUGAGACCAUGAAAUUUGUGACAAAAAUAAAAGAAACUACAGAGGAGCUACGGACAAUUCUGGAUACGCUACGAGACACACUGAACCCAAACUCUGAGACGUCAAACACAGAUAACUAUGAAUAAUCAAAGGUUUAUGAGUUUAUGAUGCUCAGUUUGGUCUUUCAUCAUGGAUAAACGUUUUGAUUGUAGAAGUAGCUAGUGUUGUGGACAGCAUUGUAGACCGUUUAUUUGUUAACAUCAUUUAUGUGAUUAGUUUACAAUUUCCUGCUUCAAAUACAAUCAAUAAUUAGUUUUUAUUAUUGUUGUUGUUGUUUUUUUAAUUAUUAUUUGAUUUCUUUUGAUACUGUUGUGCUAGAUCAGAAUUUAACAGGGAAUUGUGUCUAAAAAUUCAAAUAGCCAAAACAUUCUUUAUUAUUACAAAAAAUUACUUAACUAAUUAUAUAUAAUUAAGCAAUAUCAAGAGUAAGAGAGCUGUUUUUUAUGGAUAUGAGCAUGAUUGUGAUUUGCAAAUGAAUCAGCUGCUUUGAACAAAUUGGUUGAAUAAAUGAUUAUUUGACAGGUGAUUUGCUGCCACUAGCGCAGUGGUGGUUCUACACUUUUAGAAAUAAAGGUACAAAAGCUGUCACUGGGGCAGUAUGCUUUCGAAAGGUACAUGUUUGUACCAAAAGGGUCCUCUUAUAAGAACAUAUUAGUACUUAGUGUAUAUAUUAGAACCUAACAGGUACAAAAGUGUACUUUUUGUAGGGUACACUUUAUUCAUUUUUAUUAAUUAAAAACCAAGACAUUUGUCCAGUUGUAAAUGUGGAUCUUUCUGAUGAAUUUGAGAAGUACUGAUUUGGUCUUGACUAUACACUAGUAGCAGCAAAGCUCAGGUAAUGGUACCUGUAUAUUCUGCAGGGAUUUAUAAUAAUAAAGUGUCUAAAUCAUUGAGUAAUGUGUUUUGGGAGUUCUUUAUUACUUUUGUUAACUUUUCUGUGUGUUUUUGAGUGGCUGCUAAAUGCAUGUGUUUUUUUUUUUUUUUUUUUUUU